AUGGAAGUGUGUUUGUUGAAUAUGUCCUGCUUGGUAUCCAAAAAGAAGAAAGGCCACGGUCACCAGGAAUUCUCCAGAACUGAUGCUAGUAUGGCGAGUACAGUAGUACAGAAAAGCACUUCUCCAAAAAAUGAAAAGGAUGAAAGCAAAAUGUUUGUGCUGAAAUUAUCCCACGUCGAUGAUGAAGCUUGGUAA